UGGAAGGUAAAGAAAGUCCUCCGGAGCUCGCACGCGGUCGCGAAAAGGAUAAAAGGAAUAUAAGAUUUGUCUUGUGCGGAAGCGGAUUUAUGUUUUGCUGUUUUGGUUAUUGCUCCGGGGAUGUGGGAUCAUGCUGUUUGCCGGAGGAAUAGACGUGGAAUGGUCGAGAUGUAUUGACCGAGUUUGUUGGUAAACCGAAAUGUGAAAAAAGUAAACAGAGAAAUCUUUUCAGGGACCGCAAUGACUUACCAUGCCACUGAGCACAUGUCCCGAUGCGCCAAGUGCCGCUACUAUUGCCGCACUGGUGCCACUUUCCUCUUUUCACACAUCGGCCUUUGCAGUUUGGUCUUCGGCUACACGGUGAUGGGCGCAUUCACCUUCGAAGCUCUGGAGGCUGCCAACGAACUCAAGAUGAGGCAACAGAUGCAGGAGGAGGAAGGGAGAGUCGUCGAGCGACUCUGGGAGCUGACCGUCUCUGGAGAUGUCCUCAACGAAAGCAGGUGGUCGGAAAAUGCCACUGCUACGCUUAAGAACUUUGAAAUGAAGCUCGUCAAAGCGAUGAGAAAAGACGGGUACGAUGGGAAUGAUGAUACAGAUAAUCUUCAGUGGUCGUUUUCUGGAGCACUUCUGUAUUCCAUUAUCGUCAUCACCACAAUUGGAUAUGGGAAUAUUGCUCCUAAAACAGACACAGGUAAAAUCGUCACUAUCCUUUACGCCAUAGUCGGCAUACCCCUUCUUCUCCUAUGUUUAUCAAACAUCGGAGACGCCAUGGCCCACUCUUUCAAGUUCAUCUACUGGAAGGUGUGCUGUUACUUAUGCUCAAGUCCCAAGUCACAUGGGCACAGAAAGCCCCGCUCAAACAGAUCAAGUCGUUAUCCGUCCGAGCCGAGAAGUCUUCCUUUGCACGGAGCCACAGGUGGUCGGGAGAUUGACACUUUAGGACCACGGAUGUACAGCUCGCCAGCAGAUUCCUACGAUAGGCAAAGGGGCUACAUGCACUCAGGACCAAUGCAGCAUUCUCUCUCAAGAAAUCAUUCUUAUUAUGCUUCGAGAGAGGCAGAAUUCGCUGAUGCUCACAAAGUUCCUAUUAUCUCCAACAAAUACGCGCUCCACCCCAUGGAGACCUCCGAUCUUCCUCACCACCCUCUACAUCGACUAAACGCCAUGGACAGUUCUCCUUAUAGGACGGCAGGAGGCGCAAUCGUACGUGCACCCGCAUCUGUUCCAAAUCGUCCGUCCUCCUUCCUCAACCUCAACGAGGAGAUGAGCUUCGAAGCUGCAUCCUCCGUGAACACAGAUAACAGGGAAGAAGAAGAGGAGGAGGAUGAAGCUAGCGUCCCCAUCAUGCUAUGCAUAUCCAUCGUCGUUGGAUAUAUAUGUGGAGGAGCCAUCCUCUUCAGCUAUUGGGAAGGGUGGGACUAUUCAGACAGUUGUUAUUUCUGCUUCAUCACAUUGACUACUAUUGGUUUCGGGGACAUGGUCCCGGGGACAGCAGUAUUAUCGGAAGACGCCCAACUUGCUUUGGGUUUGUGUUCUCUGUAUUUGCUGUUUGGAAUGGCUCUCUUGGCGAUGUCCUUCAACCUAGUUCAAGAAGAAGUAACGAAAUCCAUGACGAGUAUAGGCAAAAGGAUAGGGAUAUUAUCCGAUGAAGAUGACGAUGAUGAUGAUAUUUGACGAAGACUGAUUUAGUAUCAAAUAAAUUUUUGUUUUACUGUA